AUGAUGAAAAACACGUUCGAACUCUGUUCAGAGUUACCUCCCCUUAUGUCAAAUCUCGAGAUAGAGAAGAAAACGGAAGAAGCUCCUCGACGGCAGCAGGAGGGAGAGCACGAUCCGAUCAAGCAUGCCAAUUCUCUUCUUGCUUUUUUUCAUGAUGCUAUUGAAGGCUUGAAUUCUCACAUGGGCUUCGAUCGUGAUACCCUUAAUAGAUUCGUCACCCAAUCGUUUGCCGAUCCUCGAUUUGCUGACCUAAUGAAAGUUUUCAGCGACGAUGCUGCAAGUUCAGAUGUUGGUACAACCAUUCCUGAUAAGGUUGCUAGUCGUGACGAUUUCGAGGCAUUGAUCCCUGAGGAUCCCGACGACUGGACAGAAGAGAUGUGGGAUUAUUGUUACGAAAUGGAACAGGAGGAUAUGAGGAAUUUCGCAGAGCAGCAGUUGGCUUUGCAGCAGCAAUUGGACGGAAAAUUGUGA